UCCCCACACCUCUCCUGCCAAAUUAUUACUCCUUGAUGUGCGCUGCCCCCAGCCAGCAACCCUCUCUCCUGGUUCUUGUUUUUGGGGCACAUAUCAUGGCCUCGCAGAGUCUGGAAGGAAGGCUUUUCUUUCUUCCGUUUCCGAGGGUCCUGGUAUAACUGAAAAAUUCAUCAAAAUCAACUUGAAAAAAUAAAUACAGAGUUUUAUUUCAGCCAGAAUUCAGACCUAGACCUGGAAAGAUAACACUCCUAUAGGUGGGGUAGAGAUAUAUUCUAAAGAGCUCAGGCCAUACAGGUUUUUAUAUCCUGGAGGAGGCAGACAAGACCAUGUCAGAGGGGUACAUUUCAUUCACAUAAGCUAUAUAAAGAAAAGAGUUGGGGCAGUACAUGUCCUGGCCGGCAUCUGAAGAAGGAAAUUAAGGGGAAAGGUAAGCAUUUUGCUUAUCCUUUAACAGGAAUGCGGAUACAAAUUGUUAAGCCUUUAAAUUAGCUGGUGGCUUUUAGUUUUUCCAUGGAUGGCCAUUUUGGGACUCCCAGAGUUAAUGAACCUUCAAUGUUUAGGGCUUAGAGAUCUUUUUGGUGGUCCCUAGUAUAGUGGUCAGCUUUUCUUUAUUUCACACUGAUACUUAAAAAGCGAGAUGCCAAACAGGGUUGAAAAGCUGUAGUAUUUUUUCAGUGUUUGCAUUUAAAAAAUGAACAAUUCAAACAUAAAAUAGAAAAUGACUCUAUGUAUAACCUCAUUUGGAGAUAAUAUCAGAAGUCUAAUUUAAGGUCCUUUGUGAACCUGAGGUGUUCACUCUUCCCCUCCCUACAUUCCAUAGGCCCCCACAUCCAGGCAUUUCCCAGGACAGGAGAGGGGACUACCUGCCCUGGCUUCCUUCCUUCCCUGUUGCCUAGGCGCUUCGGAAGAACCCUCUGCGGAGGGGAGGAGUGCAACCCUUGGGUGAUCAGGGAGAGAUUCUGGGGUGAACAUGGGGAUAGAUAACAUUGGUUCAGGGCUUGGCUCAGAAAUGGGGUACAGAUCUGGGCCUGGAACUGAUCCUGAAUAGACUUAGACUCCGUUAGGAUAGCAGAGGAACUUUUAAAUUUCCAGAUGUAUCUGAAGGGAGAUGUCCCUCAUUCUUACUCCAACCUGGUCUAACCUCUUCUAGACCCCAGCCCUAGGGGCUUGGCUGCCUGGAACACAGACAAUCAGCUGCUGGGGAGUGACAUGCUAUGAUUUCUGUCCAGGAUAUUACCAAGGAAAAUUUUGGUUCCCAAAAUGGAGGUGGUCAGGAAACCCAGUUCCCAACAGAUGAACACUCUGACUGGCACAAGAGGAAACAGAUGGAGGCCAGAAAAGGCUAAGCAGGAAAGGAGUGCUAGGCCCAGGCACCAUGGUAGUAUGGGAGGUGGGCAGUGGGGUUCACUGCCCAUAGCUCAGUGCCUGGGGAAGUGUAGGUGAGGAGGAGCAGAGUGUGAACCUGCAGGAGAAGUAAGACUGUUGUUCUGGAGUGCCCAGACGCAGAAUGGAGCCAUACUUGGAAGUGAACCCUGAUUGAUUAGCUGUGUGACCUUAGUCAAGUUGUAUCACACCUCGAGUCUGAGUUCCUCGUCUGUACCAGUGACUUUGGUGAGGAGUAAAUACCUGUUAAGUGCCUUCCACAAAGCUCUCUUUCCAGGGCUUUCCUCACCUUGGUUCCUCUGGCCCCUCAACCUGUGCUCCCAUAAAAGCUGCAAGUGUUUCUUUGUUGAGGGCAGGAGGAGUCUUUUCCCAGUCCUUAUGCCUCCUCUCUGUCCUCUCCUUUGCAGAGUGUUUGGGUGAUUUGAACUUGUUCUGGGAGAGCUCUGGGUUCCAGGUUUGCUGAAAAUAAAACCAGGACUUCUAAACUGCUCCAGUCAGCCUGCUUCCAAAGGCCCCACCUGUCAGCCAGUGCAGAGCCAUGGCUGGGCAAGCAGCAUCCAGCUUGGGCCAGGUGGUCACAUUCUUGGCAACGGUCAUGGGGGCCCACACCCUCAGUUUGAGGCUCCAGAAGGACUGUGCCCACUGGCCCAAAUGCUGCCCCAGUGAAGGACAGGACCUCACUGAGGAGUGGCUGAAGUGGGAUACUGUGCUCACACCUCCCCCGAAGACCCAUAGCCUCGCCCACCACCUGGAAUCCUGCAAGGCCAGUGAAGAGGGACCCCUCAGCAGCAGGUCCAUCUCCCCCUGGACAUAUGAGUUGGACAGGGACCUGAACCGGUUCCCCCAGGACCUGUACCACGCCCGCUGCCUGUGUCCACACUGCGUCAACCUACAGACUGGCUCCCACAUGGACCCCCUGGGCAACUCAGAGCUGCUCUACCACAACCAGACUGUCUUCUACCGGCGGCCAUGCCCUGGAGAGAAAGAUGGCUACUGCCUGGAACGCAGGUUCUACAGAGUAUCCUUGGCUUGUGUGUGUGUGCGGCCCCGAGUGAUGGCCUAGGUGUGCCACCCAUGGCCAGUCCCUGGUCAGAACACUGGAGCCGGGUGUACAACCACCUGCCGCCAUGAACCAGGAUGCCUGAAUGUUCAGCCCCUCCAAAGACUACGCCUCCAAGCAAGACGGGAGACUUUUGGGGGAACCACACAUUGCACUUUUGGGAGUGGAUGGGAAAGGCAGGGCAAAGCAAGGGGAGCCUAUGGCUGCUGGAAGCUGCCAUCUUGACACUUCCUUUCAGGAAAGGUCUUCAAAGCUCUGCCUAUUUCUGUAAGCCACUCCCCACCCUUCCUUUACUCCCAUUCCCGCUGCCCUGGCAGAGCACAGGCACUUUCUUGAUGUUUUCCCCUUUGCCAUGGAAAGCUUCUCAUUUCACUUGUUUGUUGGAUCAUCAAACACUUGGUAAGCGUCUACUUUGCACACAUCCUGCUGGAGUUACUAGUCUUUUGACAUGGGUGACUCUGAGGAAAAGGCUGUUAUUGAGCACAGAUAGACUUA